AUGUGGCCGCUGUGUCUCUGCUCGGUACUCUGGGCGCUGCCCCUGGCCGGCCCUGCAGUGGCCCUGACUGAGGAGCAGAUCCGGGGCAGCCUGCUGCAGCAGCUGCACCUCAGUGAGCUGCCCGUGCUGGACAAGGCCGACGUGGAGGAGCUGGUCAUCCCCGCCCACGUGCGGACCCAGUACGUGGCCCUGCUGCAGCACAGCCACGGGGUCCUCUCCCGUGGGAAGAGGUUCAGCCAGAAAUUCCGAGAGGUGGCUGGCAGGCUCCUGACAUCCGAGGCCUCCACGCACCUGCUAGUGUUCAGCAUGGAGCAGCGGCUGCCUCCCGACAGCGAGCUGGUGCAGGCCGUGCUGCGGCUUUUCCAGGAGCCGGUCCCCAAGGCCACGCUCCGCAAGCACGAGCGGCUUUUCCCGCGCAGCGCCCUGGUGCGGAUCACCGUCGAGUGGCUGCGUGUGCGCAACGACGGUGCCAACCGCACAUCCCUCAUCGACUCCAGGCUGGUGUCCCUCCACGAGAGUGGCUGGAAGGCCUUCGACGUGACCGAGGCAGUGAGCCUCUGGCAGCAGCUGAGCCGACCCCGGCAGCCUCUGCUGCUGCAGGUGUCUGUGCAGAGGGAGCACCUGGGCCCGCUGGCCUCCGAUGCCCACAAGCUGGUGCGCUUCGCCUCCCAGGUGGAGGGGGGCGCCGGGCAGCACGAGCCCCAGCUGGAGCUGCACACCCUCGACCUGAGAGCCUACGGAGCUCAGGGCGACUGUGACCCUGAGGUGCCAGUGACCGAGGGUACCCGUUGCUGCCGCCAGGAGAUGUACAUCGACCUGCAGGGGAUGAAGUGGGCUGAGAACUGGGUCCUGGAGCCCCCAGGCUUCCUGGCCUAUGAGUGUGUGGGCUCCUGCCAGCAAUCUCAGGAGUCCCUGACCUUCCAGUGGCCGUUUCUGGGUCCGCGGCAGUGCAUCGCCUUGGAGACCACCUCGCUGCCCAUGAUCGUCGGCAUCAAGGAGGGAGGCAGGGCCAGGCCCCAGGUGGUGAGCCUGCCCAACAUGAGGGUGCAGAAGUGCAGCUGCGCCUCAGAUGGGGCACCUGUGCCCAGGGAGCUGGGGCUGUAG